ACCAGAGAGGAAGACGGCGUGGAUUGAGAAGAAUGACAUUAAGUUUUCCUAAAGCCGAAUACAACACCAUUUUUGUACUAGUAUAUGGGUAGCUUAAAGACAACAGUCAAGUGAGGAGGACAACUCAGCCAUACUUAAAUGUGCUGCUAAAGCCUCCAUAUUUAAAACAAGAACUUUGUUUUUUAUGCUGUUUUUUAUGAUAUAAAAUCAAAUUUCCUCCAGAGAUUGACGAAAAGAUAGGGCGACUGAGACGGGGGAGGUGGCAGAAAAGUUUCCAUCAAGGAACUGAAGAUCUGCAAUGCCUCUGCCCAGCAUUAGCGGAAUGGAUACUCCCUUUGGGGAUGCCUUUCAAAACUGCUCUUUUACUGACCAGGUGCUGACCAGCACAGACCUGUUGGCUAACAGUUCUGACCCAGAUUUCAUGUAUGAACUGGAUCGGGACAUGACUUGUCGCCAGAGCCCUAGAGGAAAUAUUUUCACAGUCGGAGACUGCAAAGACUUGGACAGCAUGGAUCAUCUACCUGAACUGGUAGAUAACGACCCUGCUUACAGUUCAAACUUUGAGCAGUGGGACACGUACUGGGAGGACUUGACUAAGUACACUCGCCUCACCAGUUGUGAUAUCUGGGGCACCAAGGAAGUAGAUUUCUUGGGCCUUGAUGACUUUUCCAGCCCUUACCAGGAUGAGGAGGUGAUAGGACAGACACCGACCCUGGCCCAGCUCAACAGCGAGGACUCGCAGCCAGUUUGUGACACUCUUUACCAUCCGGACUUGCUGGUGGGUCAAAAGCAGCUUUUGUUUCCACCUCCCACCAUGGCCAAGAAGACUAACAAACUCAGCCACUCUGCAACCAGCUCCUCAUCGAGUCACAACCCUCUGCCGGACUUUGCCGAGGGAUCCCAGAAAGCUACCUGGCCUGUUCCCUCCAGCACUGACAUAAUGGCCAAGGGCCAGUUUCAGGGCCCUAGCAAAGCCUCGACUGCACCUCUGGACAACAUGGAUUACGUUCGCAAAGCCAAGGUACGCAUCAGCGUACCACGCAAGCCUUUAGUAGAGAGCUCCGCCCAGAUUCGUGUUUCUGCCUCUCCUCUUAUCCAGGAGCACGAGUCGUCAGCUUCGCAGGUCAGCGAGGACCCAGCCGUCGACGCUUCUAACACGGCCUCUUCCAUUAGCUGUGAAAAGAGAGUGGAGACUCCUAAACGAGAGGUACCGACUGGUCCUGGUCCAGAAAUAGGGACCCUGAGGACGGUGCCACACAAAGUCCCCUUCUCUGCAGCUGCCGGCAGUGAAACCUUGCUCACCGUGAGUGCCCUUGGAUCCGACGCUUCUGCCGCUGACAAAAAGAAGGAGGAAGAGCACAACUAUUCGUUAUUCUUGACCAGGGCCAGGCUGGCAAGGACGGCAACUGCUAACAUGGAAGAAGAGGAGGAGGAAGAAGGUGAAGAAGAGGAAGAAGAGGAGGAGGAGGCAGAGGGAUUGGAUCUAGACGAUGAAGACCAUGAUGAAGGGUUUGGCAGUGAACAUGAGCUCUCAGAGAAUGAAGAGGAAGAGGAGGAGGAAGAUGAGGACUAUGAGGGCGACAAAGACGACUACAUUAGUGACGCAUUCUCAGAGCCAGGAUGUGACACUGAUAUGGCUGAUGAUGUCAAAGGCCUGACGGCUGGAAUUUCCAGGAAGAGGGGAAAGCGUCGAUACUUUUGGGAGUAUAGCGAGCAGCUCAUCCCAUCCAAACAGGUGCGCAUGCUGAAACCUUCCGAAUGGGACAGAGACACACUUCCCAGCAACAUGUUCCAAAAGAAUGGCCUGCACCAUGGAAAAUACACACUGAAGAAGUCGCGGCGGACGGAUGUGGAAGAUCUUACUCCAAACCCUCGGAAGCUGCUUCAGAUCGGCAAUGAACUCCGGAAACUCAAUAAAGUCAUUAGUGACCUGACUCCGGUUAGUGAGUUACCCCUAACCGCUCGGCCUCGGUCUCGAAAGGAGAAGAACAAGCUUGCAUCCAGGGCCUGCAGGCUGAAAAAGAAAGCUCAGUAUGAAGCCAACAAAGUCAAGUUAUGGGGCCUUGGAACUGAAUAUGAUUGUUUGCUGUUUGUGAUCAAUGCAAUCAAAGAAGAGAUAGUCAGCAGAGUUCAGGAUAUCUCACAUGACAAAGGAACAAGCAUGACCGAGAAGCUGGAUAAACUCAUUGAGGAUACCUUAGUGCAGCCACCAGUGGCCGGCCAGACUUCAGACUUUGUGAAUCAGAUCCUGGAGAACACUGGGAAAGGAGAUCCCACCGGAGGGCUGGUGGGAUUGCGUGUGCCCACAUCGAAGGUGUAGAGUCACGCCGAAAGACACCUCGGAGCACACACGAAGCCAUCCGCGCCAUUCUUGUCCCACACUGUAACGGCCCAACACUCUGCAUGCCCAUUUUCACUUGGAGACACAUCCUCACAUUUAAAGUGAAUACAUGCAUACGAUACUACUUGUCCGUGCAUACGUAUGUAUAUAUUCACCUCAUGUGCACCAGUGGAAAUGAAACUAGUAGUUAACCUUUGCACUCAAUAGUCUGUUUCCUACCAUGUGUGCAUGUGGCUGGUAUCGAUCAACAGGCCGCCAUGUUGCAAAUAUUAAAAGCCAAUAUACGAGAUACCUCCAACAAAUGAGAAAAAGAGAGAGGAAAAAAGCUAAACAAUGAGCACCAGUUCUUGCUGUAGCCAUUUUCCUCUUGCGUCCAGCUAAAUCUGUCAAAUGCCCAUUAAGAGUUUUGGAAAGCAGAGGCGCACUCUGCAGAGAAACUACGAAGGCAUUAGAUCCUUUGAUUUAGCGGUCAAAAAGGUGUAAAUGCAGACUUUCUGAGUUUUUGAACACGGCAUGUACGAUUUCACCCGAGUUAGGCCUACUUUAUGCACUUAUUAAUCUCUCAGCUGAGGGUGAGAGAGUAAGUGUCCAGGGGGGAUUCCUGUUCCAAGCAUUUUUUUGAGGAUCAAUUGAGAUACACCAACUACAAAAAGGCAAACACGAAAGAACACAAAUACCGAUGUAUAGCGCAAAGUUACUGAUGUUCGGUGUAUAUAUGUAGAACAGGGAUGUUUCAGGAGAGUAGCAGGUGAGGAAACAGGCCUCAGAUGCCCUUUUCCACAGAUUUGCGAUCGUCUCAGGUUGGAAAGAGAGCGAGAGAGUGUGUUUUUUUUUUUUUUUUAUUCUUUUCUUGACUUGAGCAGAUGGUCAGUUGAAUUCCUUAUUGUAAAUAGGCUGAUUGAUCGAUUAUUAUCCACUGGUGAAAUCUUUUCCUUUCUACACUUUGGUUGAAGUGCCCUCACGUCAAAUCACCUUUGAUGUUGUUUUGCAAAUUCUCAAAAGGGGCUUUAAAAAAAAGCUGAUUCCCAGAUUGGGUUUUGUUUAUAUUUGUACUUUAUACAAGUAAGAUUCAUUGUGCCUUGUAAUUGCGGAGUUGAGGAAAAAUAAAACUCAAUAGAGAGCGCAAAUGGACCAUUUUGCAGAAAGCAAGGGGAGUCAGUGGGGGGUGGGGAGGUUUGUAAUGUAUUUCAGCUCUUUAAAGAUACUCUGAAUGUACAUAGGAACAUGGAAAAUAUAGAUAUAUGCCACAGAGUCUGUGCAUUGUAUUUUAAGAUGGCUCUGGCAAAUGUACUUUUUUUGGUACUUCAUUUAAGAGGGGAUGGGGGGUGGGCGGUGUUGUUAUAUAUGAGAAAUAUUCACAUAUAAAAAACAAAAAAUGAUAUUUGCACACUAUAUUUUGAUUGUUUUGUUUUUUGUACCAAAGACACAUGCAACUGAAAAUGGCAACUAGCCAGUCUAAGUAAGGUUUUUGCACAGCUUACCUGACACCGUAUUGAAUGUAGGAAAAAUGGUAGGGUCAGGGAUUCUACUGAACUGUGAAAUUUGCUUGGGUCCAAUUCUCUGCAGAAAGAAGCAUUCAUUUGCAUCCUCAUCCAGUUUUGUACUGUUCUUUUUGUUCUCAUAUAUAUUUCUUUGACACAUUUGUACCGCCAUUCGGAUUCCCUCCACCGAAGUUUUGUUGCAUAUUUUAAAGAUGAGCUAUAAAGUUAAUGGAGAUGCUUCUAUUUUCACAUAUAUUAUCACAAAACCAAAAGGUUUACUAUUCUUCCUAUAGUUGUAGAGGAGUGUGCAUAUACAAAAAAUGAUACAUGUUUAUAGUUUGGAUACGCGUUAAUCCGUGCACACAUUAACCUUCUGAAAUGAUAUGUUACUCGGCAUGAAACAUUUCUAUUUUUGUCUUCUUACUCUGAGUAUUGUUGAAAGAAAAAUGGAAAAAUUUAAUUGCGUAUAUUUUUGUAGAGAUCGCCUUUAAACUUUCCUUUCUGCACUACCCACAGAUCCUUCUCGGAAAAAAAUUCGGGAAUGUUUUCGAAAGCACUUAUCUUGCUAAGGGAAAUCAGAUGAAAUCCCAAAUUCUCAUUACUGUAAUUCAAAAAAUUCGAAAUAGCAUAAAAAUAAAAAUUGUACUUUACAAUUACGUGCAGUAAAUGAGAAUUACUUUAAUGAGCACUCAAGUGGAAAUGUGCUUAAUUGUCAUGAAAAUAAUGUCAUAACUUAAAUUAGGCUUUAUUUUCAUUAUGGAAAAUACAAAUUCUUCCUGAAUUGUGACCUAGACUGUUUUUGUGCGAUUUCCCUGCCACCACAAUCUCAAGCCGCUGUAAAUUUGUUAAUUCGGAAAAAAUCUCUUCCAGGUGGUAUUAUUAAUAGCUUGCUAAAGGCCUUUUAAAAGUGACUUUAUUCUUGAUGCUGAAGCUUACGGAGAAGGUUGUUUCUCAAAUAUCAUUUUGAUCAAAGAAGGGAAAAUAUUUUUUCCUUUAAAAUCUAAACUAAGAUUUUUUGUAAAGCUAUUUUUCUUUAUUUGCAUUUGGUAGCAUAGUAAAUAUUCUAUAUACUGUCCAUUAUGUGUAGUAACUUCUUUUUUUUGUACAUAGACAUGAAUUUAGAUUUAUUCUAAAUGUGGAAAAUAUAUACAGUAUAUUAUAUAUCUAUAAAUGUAUAGUAAGUUCUAUAUUACAUGUAAGAAAGCAAAAGCACUUUGUCUAGACAAAAAGAAAAAAACUAAAACAAAAAAGCGUUCCCCCUCAUAUUUGCUGCUAAACCGACCUCGUUUGAAUGCUGCGGUGUGUACUUGACUUUUGCCAUCUUGACCAGGGCAGUGUGACAGAGAGGUCUUGAGUGGAGACAGACAUUCGACUCUGACGUCACAAUCUUCGUUUGCCUUCAGUAGACAUUUCCUAUGGAAAAAUACAAAUUCUGCUUUGGAUUUUUCUUCAGGUCGAUGUACAGUGUUGACACAUUCUCUCUGGCCAGAGAUAGGUAUUGUUGUCAUUGAUUUUUUUAAAGUAAUUUUUUUACUUACUGGGGGAAAUCUGAGUUAUUUGAGGAAGUAGCCCAAAAAAAAAAAAAAAAAAAAUUAUAUAUAAAUAUAUAUCGCUGUACUGUAAGGCAGUUCCAUUUGCCAUGUGUAAUCAAUUGGACUUGUUUUUAUUUUUAUUUUUUGUCUUUAAGAACCCAUCCAUUCUCAAAAGACAGCAAA